AUGAUCCAGAAACCAAGCGCCAAAGUUAUUGUAAAUGCUGACAAGACCAGAAAUUUUCCCGAGAAAUUUUCAUUUGAUGCAGGAUCAUCGGCUUAUCAAAUUGAAGGUGCCUGGAAUGAAGACGGAAAAUCAGAGAAUAUAUGGGACCACUGGAUUCACAGUGACCCAUCACAUAUAAAAAAUAAUGACACUGCUGACGACGCUUGUAGUAUCUACAACAGUGUCAUAAACGACGCUAUUUACGUAGGUAUGUCAACGAUUCAGCAUUACCGAUUUUCUAUACCAUGGAGCAGGAUAUUACCAAGUGGAUUUACAGACGAAAUAAACAUGAAAGCUAUUAUUCAUUACCAACACUUGAUCACAUCUUUAUCAAGGUUAAACGUGACACCAGUAGUUACCUUCGACUACCACGACUUGCCCCAAUCCUUGCAAGAUAUUGGAAGUUGGACAAAUCCAGCAAUGGUCAAAUACUUUGCGGACUAUGCUCGAGUUUGUUUUCAGUUCUUUCCCAGUGUUGAAUAUUGGAUAACAUUUAACGACCCAAGAGCUACUUGUAGAAGAGGAUACGGAGAAGGAAGUUUUGCACCGUGUAUUAAUUCAGAUGGUAGCGGAGAAUAUUUGUGCGCCUAUACCGUUCUGAAGGCACACGCUGCGGCUUACCAUUUAUAUAAGGAGGAGUUCAAGGAAUUGAAAGGUAAGAUGUCAAUGGCAAUUGAUAUGCAAUGGUCCCAACCGGCUUCAAUCAAUGACGCAGCUGCUGCAGAAAGAAGAAAUCCUUUAGAUUUUGGUUUGUACGCCAACCCAAUCUAUAAAGGAAACUGGCCCAAAGCAGUUAUAGAUAGGGUUGAUUACAGAAGUGUAAAGGAAAACUUCACAAAAUCUCGCCUUCCCAAAUUUACCGAUAAUGAAUUAGACUAUGUCAAUGGUACAUCCGACUUCAUGGCAGUAAAUCUAUUUUACACACAUGUUGUGGAAGAUAUUGAGGAAGCUGAAUUCGGCGAUCCCAGCUAUACGAAGGAUAUGAAAGCAAAAGUAUAUAUAAACUCAAAUUGGAAUUUGGCAGUCAACGGACAACCGGUUAACACCUCUGGAAGUAUUGUAUCUUGGAGUGCUAGGGAGACGCUGACUUGA